CUAAAAACAAAAGACAGAAGUGGCGCUGUUUGUAAUGUGUUUUGAUAGUGUGAGAAGUACAUAAUGUGAAAGGUAGCGUCAAUAAUAUGGAACAGUUUUAUGUAAGUGGGUGGGAUGACGAUGACAGGAAUGUGGAAGAAGAUGGGGGUGAGAUACAUUUGGCAGCAGAGAGGGGAGACGUUGAAUCUGUUGAGGAGCUACUAAAAGGCGAUCCAGAUCUUGUAAACGCUCGCGAUAAAGAUGGAUAUACCCCUUUACAUCGAGCUUGUUACGGUGACCACGUGAAGACCGCUGAAAUACUUCUAAGAGCUGGUGCUGAUAUAGAGGCAGGUACAUUGGAUGGCUGGCGUCCUCUACAUUCGGCCUGUCGCUGGAACAAUGCACGCAUAGUCGCGUUACUUCUUGCUCAUGGCGCAUGUGUAAACGCACCAAGUGAGGGUUCACAAACACCUCUGCACUUAGCUGCAUCUCAUAGUCAUAGUUUGGAAACACUACAGCUGUUGCUAAUGCAUCCCAGUGUCAGACCGGAGCUGAAGAACAGUGUGGAAGAAACAGCGGAAGAUAUUGCAGUUCGAGGAGGACCUAUCGGGUAUCUGUUCGAAGUGACUGAAGAUUGUGUGAAUAAAAUAUGAUUGCUUUUAAUUAUGUACAAAUACUAUAACUUUACUAUGUGAUAUAUGUGUGAUUUUGAAGAGCAUUCGAGUCGGAAAUUGCUGUAGGCUCCCAGAUGACAAAGUUAUAGGAAUUUGUUGCAACUGGUAAUAGCAAUACGUGUAAAAUUUACGUAAAAGCUUCUCACUUAUGAAAGGAACAGUUAACCGAACAAAAAUAAUUAGUUUCAUGAUUUGUUUUCUGCUAUUGAUACUUUGUUUAUUUGUGUACAGGAUAUUAUUGUUAUUAAAAUAAAUAU